GGAGGAACGCCAAAGCUCUUUUUCCUUGCUUGCCGCGUCCGAUCAGAGCAAAGAGGAAACCAAGGUUGUGCAAUGGCGAGCGUUUUCUUCUCUUCCAUCCUUUCAAAAGCAAGCCAAGUAUUGGGCUUUAUUCGGAGAUGGGAAGUCCCGCCGUCUUCAUCAUCGGAUCCACGCAGCAGUAUCUUGGAAGAUCUGGAGGAGCUGGAAAGAACAUGGAAGAGGAUCCAGGCGGUACUCCAUGACGCGGAGGAGAGGGAGAUACGCGAAGAAGCAGUCAAGCUCUGGCUGAAGGAGCUUAAAGAAGUGGCUUAUGAUGCAGAAGACGUGCUGGACGAGUACCACUACGAGGUACUGCGUGACCAUGUGGAAGGCCAAGCUUCCCGCAAGAGGAAGCGAGUGGAAGGGGACGAUGAGGAAGAGGUAAGGGGUUCUCUUUCCACCAUAGAGGUCUGAAUUCCUGAUGGCAUGGGGGUUAGAAUCAGGGAGAUCAGGAAGAGGUUCGGUGGGAUCUCGGAGGAUCGGGAACGCCUCCGUUUAAGAGAGGAAGAUGGAGAGAGACGGGGUUUCGGAGCUCUGUGCGCACCACCAACCAGCCACAUGGUGGAUGAGUCAAGUAUUUAUGGAAGGGAACAUGACAAGCAGAAUGUAAUCGAUUUGCUGUUUUCUGAGGGUAUGGGAAAUGGUAUCUCUGUCAUUCCGAUUGUCGGCAAGGGAGGUCUGGGAAAAACCACCAUCGCUCAGCUGGUCUACAAUGACUCCAAGGUAAAAGAUUAUUUUAAUCUGACUGGAUGGGUUUGCAUAUCCGAUGAUUUUGACGUUCCAAGGCUAACAAAGUCCAUAAUUGAGUCUCUUACUAAAACUUCAUGUGAUCGUACACAACUAAGCACACUUCAAGAUAUUCUCAAGGAAAAUGUGAAGGGGAAGAGAGUGUUGCUCGUGCUCGACGAUGUCUGGAAUGAGCAACAAAGCCGUUGGGAGUCCUUAAGAAUCCCAUUUGUUGGAGCAGAAACGGUAAGAAUUAUCGUGACCUGUAGGAAUGAUUCGGUUGCCAAGAUCAUGCAGACAGUGCAUCCUUAUCAUCCUGGUUACUUGUCUGAAGCCGAGUCUUGGUCAUUAUUCGAGCAUUAUGCAUUUGCUGGUCGAGAAUCUGAAGAUCGAUCACGCUUGGCAGAUAUCGGUAAGCAGAUUGUCAAGAAGUGUUCCAAUUUACCAUUGGCUGUAAAGUCAAUAGGAAGCGUUCUAAGACAUGAGACAGAUGAAGAUAGUUGGAGGGAGGUCUUGCAAAGUGAUCUAUGGGAACUAGACAAGAACAAUGAGACUUUGGCAUCUCUUAGAUUAAGCUACAAUCGCAUGCCAGCACAUCUGAAACCCUGUUUCAUUUACUGUUCCAUGUUUCCGAAGGAUUAUGAGUUUGACAAAGAUGUUUUAGUCAGAUUGUGGAUGGCGCAAGGGUACAUCCCACGUCGAGGUAGCAAAGAAAUGGAGGACAUCGGAGAUGAAUGUUUUAAUGACUUACUAAGAAGAUCGUUCUUUGAUUCCUGUUUUGAUUACAGGGGUCAUAGUUGUUUCAAGAUGCAUGAUAUGAUGCAUGAUCUAGCUAAAUUAAUUGCAGGAAAUGAGUGCUACACAAUUGUGGAUAAGAAGCUACCCUGUUCUCCUGAUGAGGUUCGCCAUUUACGCAUGGAAUAUGCUCAGAAAUUAGUGAAACCACUAGAUUUGUAUAAUUUUAGGGCCUUACGGAGCUUGUUCCUAUGGCAUGGGCAUACAGAUCCCACAUCAAACCAUGAAAUAAUCAAGUUUCCGCUGCUACUAAGAUGUUUAGAAUUUUGUUGGGAAAGGAAAUAUGAGACCUCAGAUCUAUUCAGGAACCUGAAGCACCUACGCUACUUACAUAUCGAAUCCUUAUCUAUUAAGAGGCUCCCUGAAUCAGUAUGCCUCCUUUAUCACCUCCAGACAUUGAUUCUUCAUUGUCAUGCUCUUGUAGAGUUACCAUAUGGCCUACGUAGCCUUACUAACCUCCGCCACUUAGAUAUCCAAUCUGUAUUUGUGAAGAGGCUCCCUGAAUCAGUAUGCCUCCUUUACCACCUACAGACGUUGAUUCUUUGUUGUGCUCGUCUUGCAAAAUUACCAGAUGACCUAGGUAACCUUAUUAACCUACGAUACUUUAAGCUAAGCUCAUGUGCUAUUGAAAGGCUCCCUGAAUCAGUUUGUCAGCUACGCAACCUGCAGACUUUGGAUCUUCAAUUAUGUGAGCAACUUAAAGAGUUACCUGGUGGCAUAGGAAGCCUUACUAACCUCCGCCACUUAAUUAAUUUUUCGGAUAGGCUGCCUGACCAGUGCUACACCCUGCAGACUUUGGAUCUUAAUGGGUACAAGGAACUUAAAGAGUUACCUGCUCGUGCAGGAAGCAUGCGCUCUCGAAUUCUCUAUAUGCCAGCUGGAAUCGAAAAACUAACAAAUCUUCAAAGAUUGCAUGGAUGUUAUCAUGUGCAGGGUGGGAUGGGAGUGUUAAAGGACUUGAUGAACCUCCAAGGAGAUCUCUGCAUCUCAGGGCUCAGGAACUUGGUCAGCAUAGAGGAUGCGAAGGAUGUUGGUCUUAAAUAUAAGCAUAAACUUGAGCGGUUGUAUCUAUGUUGGGAUGACGAUGACAGAAUUUUUCAGCAAACAUCAGACAACAUUGGACUCUGUCUAAAAGCUUUUCUAAAGGAAAAUAAGGAUGUCCCAGCCAAUGGAAAAAGUGAGGAAGCCCUGCUUGAGUAUCUCCAACCUCCUGCCAACCUCAAAAAGUUGCUUAUAAUGGGGUAUGGUGGUUCCAAGUUUCCAGAAUGGGUGGAAAAUCUUUCAUCCUUUGCAUCACUAAAGGAUAUUGUUAUUAUUGAUUGUGAAAAAAUAAGGUCCCUUCCUCUAUACAUUCAUGACUCUGUUGGAAAAUUGGAUGCAUCCGUACCAAAAUCCAUGCUUGAGAGGGUGUCCGUUUUUGGUUGCCCGAAACUCACAUCCAUUAGAAGGCUACAUAAUCUCCGCUUACUUAAAGAACUGAUAAUAUACAAUUGUCCUCAACUCCGGCUCUUAUCGGUGGAAGAACUACCAUCCAUUCUUCAGGAUCUGCAUAUUGAAAAGUGCCAACAGUUGAUAUCACUGCCGGGUAUGCAAAACCUCACUUCUCUUAAAAGAUUAACCAUAAGAAAUUGUCCUCAACUCCGGCACUUAUCAGAGGAAGGACUGCCAUCCAGUCUUGAAUAUCUAUAUAUAAAGAAUUACCAGCAGUUGACAUCGCUAUCGGGAAUGCGAAACCUUACUUCUCUCAGAGAAUUAACCAUACAAAAUUGUCCUAAACUUCAGAUCAUGGCAGAAGAUCAGCUCUCAUCUAAGCCUAACCAUGUGAGUAUUAUUGAUUGCCCUGGAUUGGAAAACUGGUGCCAAAUACAAAAAAUCAACUGCGUUAAGGUCGUUUCAGGCAACAAGCUGACUGUAUCGAACACAUGGGCGAACAUCAAGCAUGGGUUUGAUGAGUUGUCUACUAGCACAGAUGAAUUGCCACAGCCUAGAACACAUCUUUCUUUCCAUAACUUUUGGACAUUCUUUAAGGAAACAUGCGCAUUUGUGCUAGAAGAGCUGACAAUAUGGAGUUGCAUGUACAUCCCACCACUAGAGCCCCUACUUGAGCUCACAUCUCUCCAAAGAUUGGUUAUAAAGGACUGUCCUGGAGUCCAACUCUUGAGAGAUGAACAGCUCCCAUCGAUGCUCAAGUCCUUGGUCGUUGAUAGUUGUGAGAAACUAAGGUGUUUGCAGUUGGUGCAGCAGAACCGAGAUGCACUUGAGGAGCUGCAGAUUCGGAAUUGCCCUGAAAUCGUAAUGGUGCAAGGGCUGAAUCGUCCUUCCUUCCCCAAAUUCUUAACAAUAGAGCAAUGCCCUCAACUCCGGGUUUCACAAGAUGAUUGUCAGCCAUUUAUUCCUCCAUGUGCCGAGAUUGCAGGAGAAUUGGAGAUGAAAUUCUAUCGUCCACAUUCGGAGGAAACAGAGAACAAAGAAAUGAUUGAUGAUGGAACCCAGGAGAAACAGGUGUUGAAUUGUGUGAUGAUUGAACAUGCUAACAGUGUUGUAUCUUCAACAUUUGAUGCCGCAGAUGAUUGCAACAUGGGACAAUUCCUACAGCUUGGGCUUCCUUCUGGUUGCAGCUCACAUUGCCGAGAACAAAACAAUGCCAAACCAUUGUUAGUAGACAAGGAGCUUGUGGCAAUGAUGAAUUAUAAGAUGGAAGACAAUGAUUGCAAUCAUGACAAGAACCCAUUAUAUGACCCAGGUCCUUCAAGGCCAUGGCAGCUGUCAGUAGCUGAGCCCCCUGUGAUCUGUCCUCAGCAACAGGAUUUAGUCAUUGCUUUUCCAGAUUCUCAGCCAUUCAAGUCUAUUGCUGGGCGAUCAGAUGCUAUCAUGACAUAUAUUGACCAUGACAAUAGUGUUGUAUCUCCUAUGUUUGAUGAUGCAAUUGACUGUAACAUGGGUCAAUUCCUGCAGCUUGGGCUCCCUUCCGGUGGCAGCUCACAGUCCCCGAUGCAUAACAAUGCAGAACCAUUGGAUUGAACAUGUGCUGGCAUGGCAUACACACUGUGCCAGUAGCUCUCUGGCAAGGGUAGCAGCUAUGAUGAAGUGGGUUCAGGCCACAAGUAUCUUCAGGUGUGAUGUCUCAACUAUUGUGGCAGUUUGUUGAAAAAUAAGGUUUAAUAAAGAAAGACUAGCAGCUUCCAAUGACUACUUGCUGUGUUUUGUAGCUUGCAAAUUGAUGAUAACACAAGCAAUCUAUUUUUCUGGUCAUUACACAUAUACAAGCAUAUGCAUGGCCCUUGACUUUUACAUGCUUAUAUAAAGACUCGAAAUGUUAAGCAUUCUUUUGAAUCCAUUCAUAUGGAACUAUUAGAAGUUUAAAACACCGCAUGCACCUAAUCCAAUUUGAGCAGCUAGUUGUUCAUGAUAAGUGAUAGAAUCUAACAAUCAAUAAUGGGAUAUGAUAUUUUGAUUUGCUGAGUUUCAUGAGCUUUAAGAACAUUGUACAACCAUGGUAAGGAUUCUCAAUUAGGGGUAAUACUUGAGUUCAAUUAAUAGGAUAUAGAAAAACUUUGAAUAACAUUAAAGAUCACCCUAAAUAAGAAUACUUGAUGAAUGAGAAUCCAUACCGUUGACUCAAAAUAGUUGGAAAAAGGUUUGAUGGUUAGGAUGAUUAUGACAUGAUCUUGCCAGGUUACAGGCAAUAACCAAAGCUACAGGAAGUUAGGACAUGUCAAAAUCUUUUUAACAUGCAUCUACAAGUAUACGUUUUACAAAUAUGGAUCUUAGGAUGUCUGAUAUUCUAGGAGUCAACUCGUCAUGUGUGUGCCUUGAUCUCUUUCUUUCUGCCCAGCAUUAGGAUACCUAAAUAACCAAGUUUGAUCAAGGUGAGACUUCUCUUACAUUUAUAUUAACUAAACUUAUGUAAGUAGUGAACCACUCUUCAAGAUUCCUUGCGCACAGAAAGAACUUAGAUUAAGAAUAGAAAAUAAGAUUGAUGCCAAGGAUUAUUGCCCUCUCCAAAAUCCAUGAAAAGCAAGAUACAAAGAGAGAUAUAUGAUGCCCACAUUGACUUGGAAAAAGAUGCGAUGCCAAUUAUAUUCUAGACGGAAUGUCACUGAUGAAUGUUUUCCAUUACCCCACCUAGUGAUUCUUGUAGAUCAUUCUGUCC